UUUAAACUAAUGUGAAUUCACGGCACGUGCGUGUAAUGCUUGCUUUUCGCUGGAGGUUGUGUGUGUAAACUGAAACAAAUUACUUUUAGCGAAAAACAGAGAUGUCUACAAGCUUCAGGAACUUAUGAUAACAACUACUGGCUCCUGGAGAGGAGGAAUGCAGCAUUUUAUUUACUUCUGAUUAAACUGUGGAGGAAAUGUGGGUUAGUUUGGAAUGGUCUCGUGUUGUAGCGUCAUCAUGUGUUUGACAUGGUUCAUUUCAGAGAUACAGGUAACCAGUUUGGUAAACCUAAGACAGAAAGUCGAGUAUUAUGAAUAUUCCUGCACAACGGGACAGUACAGUCCGAAAGAAUUUCUUGAUCUCGCACCCUGUCCCCCUCCUGGAAAGACCCAUCUAAUAUGUGAUAUACCGGCAAAUAUCACGUGCCAAGAAAGGACGCAUAUAUUACAAAACUGUAUAAUAUAUUUAACAGAAGCUGCAAUAAUCCGAACAUUUAUAACGUGCAAUCAAUCUUCAAAAGUGCAAUGUGUAGAAUUCGUAAAUUUAUGCAAGAACGUUUCGAAGUUCAACUGUGGAACUCCUCAGUCCAUAAAACCGUCAACUACCACCGUCCCUCCUCAUAUCGUUACGUCCCCUGUAGGAUCAAUCAAUAGAUCUGACACUUCUAUGAAUAAAUCUGAUAUCACUGUUAAUGGUGGAAGACCGGAAGUUCCAGUUGUCACUGCCGGAAGUAGAAACUGGUGGCCUUUGCUAGCUUUACUAGUGAUACCCAUUGUAGUUAUUUUGGUAUGCUUUGUCUACUGCCGUAGAAAAAGAUCUCAGAAAGAUAGUCCUGUCCAUUAUCAACAGGUACCGAAAAAAUCACCGGAGGUAAAUAUUUUAAAAGACAAUAGGGUUAAGAAGAGGGAUUCUUUCAUCGGUCAAGGAGACAAGUUUAAAAAGGUUCCAUACAUUGACGGGGUUGUCAAUGGGUCAGACGGUGACUCAUCUACAAAAGACGAUUCCGGCCAAGAAAUCAUCGAAAUGAUCACAGACGUCUCACAAAUUGCAUAUUAA